AUGAAUAUGCUUCGAACUCCUACAGAUCUUAAUCCUAAUUAUAAUGCGCCCGGCCACGCAGGCCAGGGUAGACUGUUGAACAACCCGACAGCGCCAGCGACGUCGAGGUUAACGUCCGCCGAUCCUGUACACGGCGCUUUGACGCUGUCAGAGACGGAUCGGAGUAACAUCUACUACGAAUGGAUCAGGCUUGGAAAACCUCACAACAUCGUUUGUUCGCAAUGCCGGAGACCGGACCAGUUGCUGCUCUGCGAGACAUGCUGUAGAUCAUACCAUACAGGGUGUAUCCCAUCGAGCGAAGUCACUGCAUUCUCAGGGAAGUUCCAUUGCCCUUCAUGUAGGAACAAGAACUGGGACCGUCUUCCCCCUCAAUUCUCAGGGCGGUCAUCACCGAACGCAUCCCGAAGCACGACUCCUUCGGGCAGGGAUAGGAGCAGACGGAAUAGUCCUUCGCGGCUGGCCAAACCCAGUGGUCACAUAUCUCCAAUAGCAUCCGGUACUCCCCUAACUGGUCUUCCUGGCUCGUCAGGCCAUACUUCCCCAAUGGAAUGGCAGGGUGUGCACGGUGCGGGGCAACAAUCCGAUAAGCUAUCUCAGGCUCGAUCCUUUCUUAUCGAGAAUGGUGCGGCCUCCCAAGAGCACAAUCCAAUGAUUCUGUAUCAAAUAGCCCAUAUGAUGGAGCAGCUUGAAUCUCAGCAACGUCUGCUACAGGAAACGCAAGAAUUGAGGGAAGAGAAUGUGCGUCUGCACCACAUCAACAGAGAACUCAGAGCCCAUGCACACUCGAGGUCACCACAUGAUUCUGCAGUGAAUUCUCCUAUACCAAAUAUACCAAGGCCGGUGGCAGAUACGAGUGGGAAGUCAUGGGAUCGGAUUGUGAUGGACUUGCUUUAG